UGGUCGGAUAAAAACAGUUCACGAAGAACCGUUUAGUGUGACAACGUGUGUGUUCAUGUUUUAAAUUUUAUUGUUCGCGUUUUAAGAGACAGAUUUUCAAAUUGUAUCCAACGUCUCGUAUUAAGUUAAGUGCCAUAGUGAGUUCGUCCGUUUCGCGUUAAGUUAUGAAAAAAUUUAGAAAUUAUUUAUCCAGAUUCCUCAAGAUAACUCGGUAUCUUUAGUUGAUCCUCGGAUGUAGUCUAAGAAAAAAUACCAAUAGGGAUUUUAUUAAUGGGAGAUUAUAGGUCCGCCUUUAAAGACCCCGUAAGAUGUCGAACUUCCGUAUCGUAGACAAGGUGACGACCGAUCCCCAGCCAGACGCGCAGCCCCGCGCGCCCAAGCAGCCGCUGCCGCCGCAGGGCGCGGCCGCCGGCGGCGCCCCCCACCAGUCGCAGUCCGCACAAUGUUCGACAUACACAUUCCCGGACGUGGGGGUGCGGUCGCCGCCCGAGGUGCGCGGUCACUUGCGCAGCGUCAGUCACGGCGGCGGUUCGAGCUCGGCGGGCGCCGUAGGGCGGCCGUCGGCGCUGAAAGGGGCGCGCGGACAUCAGCGCGCCCUCAGCCAGGGACAGAUAGGGGAGACGGGAGCGGCGUACAGGCCGGGACACAGUCGGGUGGGGUCGAAGACCGACUUCAUCUUGCCGCCCGGUCAUAAGGACGCGGAUGGAGGCGCGGACGCGCCGCCCAGGACUACUGCCAAAGGACACUCUAGACAAGCCUCGCGUUCCGAGAGUGUGUACACGUUGCGCAGCAAACCGCCGCUGCCGAUGUGGCGCCGGCUCCUCUGUCUGCUGCUGCGCCGCAAACCGAAAAACGACCUGGAGGAACGGUUCCGGAUCGUGGUGCCGAACCACACGGUGCCGCCGAAGACGCCGCGCAAAGAACAUCCGAACGGCAAACGGCCUGACAACCGGAUACGCACCACCAAAUACACGUUGCUGUCGUUCCUGCCCCGCAACCUCCUCGAACAGUUCCACCGGGUGGCCAAUUUGUAUUUUAUAUUUAUCGUGCUGCUGAACUGGGUGCCGGCGAUCAACGCUUUCGGCAAGGAGAUCGCCAUGUUUCCGGUGCUGUUUGUGUUGGGGGUGACCGCGGUUAAAGACUUGUUCGAGGACAGGCGCAGACAUGCGAGCGACAAGAGGAUAAACAACAGCACGUGUCGGAUAUACAGCAGCGAGGCGAUGCGAUAUAAGAAGGUCCUGUGGAAGGAGGUGCGGGUGGGCGAUUUGAUCCACCUGUCGAACAACGAAGUCGUCCCCGCCGACAUCCUGCUGCUCAAAUCGAGCGAUCCGAGCGGAGUGUGCUACAUUGAUACCGGCCAUUUAGACGGCGAAACGAAUCUCAAACAGAGGCAGGUUGCCAGAGGAUUCGUCGAGAAGCAAAGCAUAUUUGAACCAAGCAAGUUCAAAAGUAGAAUAGAAGUCGAGGCGCCCACAACGAAAAUCUACAGGUUCCACGGAGCGAUUGUGCAUCCCAACGAUGCCAGAGUGCCGGUUGGUACCGAAAAUCUUUUGCUCAGGGAAUGUCUUCUCAAAAACACCGACUAUAUCGAAGGAAUCGUUGUUUAUGCUGGCCAUGAAACGAAAGCGAUGCUAAACAACGGCGGUCCCCGAUACAAACGAUCUUCACUCGAAAAACAAAUGAAUCAGGACGUACUCUGGUGUGUUCUUAUAUUAAUUUUCUUGUGUGUGAUCGGAGCAAUUGGAUGCAAACUUUGGCUGGGCACCUACAAAAACCUUAAGGAACCUUUUCGGGAGUUCGAGAGUGACACAAUGGAAGCUUUUUUAUCCUUUUGGACGUACAUCAUUUUGUUACAAAUAAUGAUCCCCCUGUCGUUGUACGUGACGCUGGAGUUGUGUAAGAUGAUACAGGUCUAUUACAUUCACAACAACGCCGACCUGUACGACCCUCUGAUGGACAAGCGUAGCGAGUGUCGGGCCCUCAACAUCACCGAAGAACUAGGCCAAAUCCAAUACAUAUUCUCGGACAAAACGGGCACUCUGACCGAGAACCGCAUGAUUUUUCGCCAAUGCACCAUCGGCGGCGUCGACUACAACCAUCCGGCCUGCGACGAUCAAAAGGACCCCGCCAAAAUGGGCAGCUUGUCAAUUGAGGCAAACAUUCGUUUGCUCGAAGAUCUAUAUUUAAAUGGGCCCGGGUCCGAUUGUCUAGUCGCAUCGCGGACCUCUCACUCUGGCAGGAUCCAGGAAUUUCUGUUGCUGUUGGCGCUCUGCAACACGGUGGUCUGUUCCCAUCAGCCCCAUCACGAUUUUAUGAAUGCGAGCGGUGUCGUCGAGUCUAUGGACGGCGAUUCCAGCAUUCAUGUUUCAGAACCAACGAUCCAACACAGUAACGACAGAUACACGCGCUUAGAAGAGUCGAGAAGCGUCACGCCUAGUCCACCGAUGGCAUUCGCAGCUGGCGAGCUACGAAACCGUCAUCACGUACCCACUCUGUCACCCAUCGAUUCGGUGGAGCAUUCACCCUCAUCGUCCGAUACGGGUGCGGUGUCCAGUGACAGUCACAACUCAAAGGUGUCGAGCCGACCUAAACUGCUCGCCAUUCCCUCCUUGUUCUCCAAAAAGAGCAGCAGCAACGGAAACUUGUCGUCGGCUGAGAACGAAGUGCAGAGUUCGGGAUCAUCUAGUCAGUACGAAAGGAAGCCUAUUUUCGAAGCCGAAUCACCUGAUGAAUUGGCCCUUGUAGACGCGUCAUACACUUACAGAUUUCGGUUAUUGAAAAGAACGCCGACCCAGGUUGACAUCGAACAUCCAAAUCACGAGCUCCUCCACUUUAAGAUCCUGAACGUCCUCCCGUUCGACUCCACCAGAAAACGAAUGAGCGUAAUCAUCCAACAUCCCAAAACUAACGAGAUCAUUCUUUAUUGCAAAGGUGCCGAUUCGGCGAUCCUUCCAAACCUCGCAUCUGAUGACCGUAACAAUGAACAGAGGCAGAUCAAUAAUAUUACGCAACAGCACGUUAACAACUACGCCAAAGAGGGUCUACGAGUGCUGAUGAUGACGAAACGUGUCCUCACGCAGGCUGAGUACAAUGAAUGGUACUCGAAACACAAGGAAGCCGAAAUGUCCACGGAUAACAUCGAUAAAAGGGUGCGAGACAGUUUUUCCAGCAUAGAAACUAAUUUAACACUACUGGGAGCAACAGGUAUUGAAGACAGAUUGCAGGAAGGCGUGCCGGAAACUCUCUCAGCUUUGAUUUCCGCCGGAAUAGUCGUAUGGGUGUUGACGGGCGACAAGCCGGAAACGGCUAUUAACAUAGCUUACUCGGCUAAGUUGUUUUCUCCUAAGAUGGAACUGCUCAAACUGAUGGUGCGGAGCAAAGAGGCUGCACAAAAUACUAUAGAUUUUUAUCUCAGGGAGAUAGAGGAAAGUCUGAAUCAGGAGAGAGAAAGGGAGUCCGUAAUGCGAACCAACUCUAUCAGUUCUUAUAACUAUUCCAGGACCACACAAGCGAAGUCAAGGGCGUUGGUGGUUGACGCCAAAACACUAACGUUCAUUCUGGACAGAAGGUCGAACCUCACGAAACCAUUCCUGAAAUUAACCACUUACUGCAAUUCAGUACUAGCUUGUAGGGCGACUCCAUUACAAAAGGCCUAUGUUGUUAGGGUGGUUAAGGAAGAACUGAAAAUGAGAACGCUUGCCAUAGGUGACGGAGCCAACGACGUGUCCAUGAUUCAAACUGCCGACGUAGGUAUAGGACUUUCGGGACAAGAAGGCAUGCAGGCCGUGAUGGCGGCCGAUUUUGCUUUGUCCAGGUUUAAGUAUCUAGAACAGUUCCUACUUGUACACGGCCAUUGGAGUUACGACAGACUGGCCAGGAUGGUGCUGUAUUUCUUUUAUAAAAAUGCUACAUUUGUGUUCCUAACCUUCUGGUAUCAGCUUUACUGCGGAUUCUCUGGGUCUGUGAUGAUUGAUCAGAUGUAUCUCAUGUUGUACAACUUUUUAUUUACCUCACUACCUCCAAUAGUUCUAGGCGUCUAUGAUAAGGACGCACCGUCCGAACUGCUGCGCAGUAAACCGUACCUGUACAAGUCAGGCCGAUUGGGUCGUAUUUACCGGCCGUGGUCUUUCUGGCUGACGAUGAUCGACUCUAUCUAUCAGAGUGUGGUCGUGUUUUGGGUGUGUAAGGCCGCCUACGAGGACAGCGAUGUUGAUAUGUUCGAGUUUGGAACAGUGUGUACGACUGCCUGCAUGUUCGUUAUGUUGGCGCAUGCCUGUAUCGAAACUAGAAAUUGGACCAUCAUUCACGUAGGGUCGGUGCUUAUAUCUAUAUCGUUAUUCUACAUUUAUUCAGUAGUUUAUGAUACGUUUUGUGUGAACUGCUUCGGACUUCCCAGUACGUAUUGGACCAUCCAAAUAGCUAUGACACGGCACGUUUACUGGCUCUCCACUCUUUUAGCUACAAUUUUAGCUGUACUUCCAAGACUGGUAUAUAGAGUAUUCCAAACUGUGUUCAUACCGGAUGACAUAAUACGCGAACUGCUGUUGCACGACAGGCAAAGACGAAGAGGUGAGAGAUUUCUUGUAACUUGGUCUCGAUCAACGUCGGCUUCCUCUAUUUCCAGAUCCACCCAUUACCGGCCUCCGAAUAGUACUCUAACUGCCGUAGGUUGAGUGGUCGUAAAUAAAUUGAGAGUUAAAUGCAUUUAAUGGCUGUGAUGAAGUAAAAUAAGGGACCAGUUAGUUAGUCCGGCUGCUGACGUUAACGGUUGUCAGUGGCGACUAAAAAAAUAAAAAGUCUACCCCAAUUAUUUAUUUUGAGUGGAACAUGUUUUGUGCCAUUUAUUGUAUUACGUUAUUUUGUACUUACUAGGAAAUUUGCUUUAAUGAAGUUACCAUAGGCAAGAAUAAAAACACUAUACACGCAUAUAAUAUCCAAUGUGAGUUUGUUUUAGAAAUUAUUUUAUAGAAAAUGCAAGUAUUAUUCCAAUAUAUCUAGGGCCAAAUAUUUGUACAAAUGUAUUUUGGUAUGUUUUCAGAUGGUUGUCGACUGAUAUUUGCAGAUAAUAUUUUAAUAGGUAUAUUUAUAAAUUGUAUGCAGCUUAGCAAUAAGAAUAUCAGUUCAUCUGAAGGCAUACUUUUUCGAUGGAAUAUUUCACAUUCCUUUUUAUAUGAAUAAUCAGAUUUUAAAAAUAUUUUUAUCCAAAUUGACUGUAUUUUUAGAGAGAAAAAGAGUCGCCUCUACCGUAUUUUAACAUUGUAUAUAUAUGUACCUAUUUUUCUGUCAAUACUAGGAAAUACCUUGCCAAAAAUUAAAUAGCACAAUUUUUUUAAUUUAUGAUUAAUAUUUUUAAUAUUAUUUUCUUAUAUACACUUAAACAUCCAUGACUGUGAAUAAGAUCAUUUCGUCAAUAUAUUCUUAUGUCAAUUUUAGAGGAUCAAAUUCGAUGUAUAUUGCCUUACAAAAUACAGGGUUUAUUCAGACUUUAAAUUUAUUUUUUAUAAAAUAAUAUUCCUCAGGCACGUAUUUCUGCAUAUUUGCCAUAUAAUUAAAACAACUGUCACUAGUAUCUGAUAAACCUUUGUAUUGUACCUUUAACAGACUGUCUUCAAAUGUAUAAAGUUAUAAAUAUGUUGAAUUUUAGAGAUUAUAAAUGAACUGUUAAUAAAUUUAGAUUAAAUUUAGUAAGCAUUGAGAAAAUCUAUUUAUGUAAAAAUCAUAUCUUAUUAAAUAUGUUGAUCCUG